AUGGCAACUGUCCACAGUUACCAGCACGUAGCGGACGCGGGUAUCUCAGCGCUGGUGGUGCUGGCAUACUCGUUAGCCAGCGCGGGCGCGGCCGUGUACUUGGUGCGCGCGCGCACUCGCCAGGAGAAGCGCCUGCAACUGCUGGCCGGCGUGCCGCCGCUGCGCUACUGGGCCGCCGCGCUGGCUUGGGACAUGCUGAUCAUCGUCAUCAACAUGGUGAUCACAGCGAUACUGAUGGAGGCGUUCCACUUCCCCGUCUUCGUCGAGAAAAAUAACCUGCCGGCCAUCUGUUUGCUCAUUUUACUUUACGGGUAA